GCCCUGGCAUUCAUACCAUACUGGCCAUGAACUUCCUACAGAUCGGCGUGCUGUUCGUCCUGGUCGCGGUGGCCUUGGCCAGACCACAGGAGGAUCCGGCUAAUCUGCCAGCUCCAGAGGCAGCAGCAGAACCGCCAGCAGCAGCACCACCAGCUGCAGCACCACCAGCUGCAGCCGCUCCAGCGGGUGGCUCCGGUAGAAAGAAAAAUGUCAAUCACAACGUUAUAACCAUUGGAUAGAAUUCUUCGGAAGGAAGGAGGCCACAAUCUUGAUUUAAGAACACAUUGGGGGCAUUAAGAAAAGCGUAAUAUAUGUAUAUGGGCGUAUAGCUGCGUUAAUAAAUUAUUUUUAUUUG